GCCCGGCCCCGGCCCGCCGCCUCCGGCCUCGGCCCCGCAGCAUGAAGCAGCCGCGGCGGCGGGCGACGGCGGCGGCUGUGAGAUGGUGGACGCCGGGGGCCGCGCGGCGGGAGAGGGCGCCUGGAGGAAGAUGGAGGCCCCGCCGGACGGCGCCGUGGACAUCGUGCCCCUGGAUCGCUACGACUCGGCCCGGGCCAAGAUCGCCGCCAACCUGCAGUGGAUCUGCGCCAAGGCUUACGGCCUAGACAACAUCCCUGAGGAUCUCAGAGACCCCUUCUACGUGGACCAGUACGAGCAGGAGCACAUCAAGCCCCCCGUCAUCAAGCUUCUGCUGUCCAGUGAGCUGUACUGCCGGGUCUGCGGCCUCAUCCUGAAAGGGGACCAGGCGGCCGCCUUGCAGGGACACCAGUCUGUCAUCCAGGCUCUGUCGCGAAAAGGGAUCUACGUGAUGGAGAGUGACGACACGCCCGUGACGGAGCCGGACCUCAGCCGUGCCCCCAUAAAAAUGAGCCCCCACAUGGCGAUGAUCGACGCCCUGAUGAUGGCUUACACCGUGGGCAUGAUCAGCAUCGAGAAGGUGGUGGCCAGCGUCAAGCGCUUCUCUACCUUCAGUGCCUCGAAGGAGCUUCCCUACGAUCUGGAGGAUGCCAUGGUGUUCUGGAUCAACAAGGUAAAUCUUAAAAUGAGAGAUAUAACAGAGAAAGAAGUUAAAUUAAAACAGCAGUUAUUGGAAAGUCCAGCUCACCAAAAGUCCCCCUCCAAGUGGUACUGGAAGCUGGUGCCUGUCCGCUACCGGCGAGAGCACCUUCCCAGUAGGCAGCUGCCCCACUUCCCGUUGCUGGAGGACCUGAUGCGGGACGGCAGUGACGGCGCCGCCCUCCUGGCCGUGGUCCACUAUUACUGCCCGGAGCAAAUGAGACUGGACGAUAUAUGCCUGAAGGAGGUGGCGUCAAUGGCCGACAGUCUGUAUAAUAUCCGGCUCCUGAGGGAGUUCUCAAAUGAGCACCUUAACAGGUGCUUCUACCUCACCGUGGAGGACAUGCUGUACGCGCCCCUGGUGCUGAAGCCGAAUCUAAUGGUUUUCAUUGCUGAGCUCUUCUGGUGGUUCGAGAAUGUCAAACCAGAUUUUGUUCAACCCAGGGAUGUUCAGGAACUGAAAGAUGCUAAAACAGUGUUACACCAAAAAAGCAGCCGGCCUCCCGUCCCCAUCUCCAACGUGACGAGACGCAGCUUCAUGAGCAGCCCUGCGGCGCUGAGCCCAGCAGGGCAGCACUGCCUGCACCCCGAGGAGCCCGAGUGCCCCGGGAAGGGGUCCUCUGCCUUUAGCCCGUCCCACCCCUUACUGCCCUUGAGGCAGAAGCAGCAGACGCCGCAGGGAGAGGACAGCCCUGAUCUGCGACAUAGAUCCAGUUCUCUAACCCGAGUUGAUGGUCAGCCACGUGGUGCGGCCAUAGCGUGGCCAGAAAAAAAAAACAGGCCGGUGUCCCAGCCGAUGCCCUUCGCCCUGCAGCACGCCGCGAGCUGUGACGCAGACUCUGGCCCCGGUGACAGUGCCAGCUUGGCGCGCUCCAUCAGCAAGGACAGCUUGGCCUCCAGCAUCGUCACGCUGACCCCACAGAACCAGCCCCACCCCCCGGCCGUGAGGACUAACGGGCAGGGCCUUCUGAACAACGUCAGCAUUGAGGAUGAGGACGAGGAGCUGGUGGCGAUCAUCAGGACAGACGCCGCUACCCACAGUGGUGACCUGGAGGUCCCCAGGGCCUCGCCUCCAGCCGCAGGUCUGACAGCAGGUGCCAGGUCUCCCCAAAGACGGGUGGACGCCUUGGAAAACAAGCCCGAGAGUUUUUUCUUGGAGCCGCUGAUGCCAGCCAUGCUUAAGCCAACGAAAGAAAAGCAGGUUAUUACCAAGGAGGACGAGCGUGGGGAAGGGAAGCCAAGGAGCUUCAUGUCCAAAAGGCCCAGUGAGGGCUACCAGCCUCUGGCUCGCAGGAAAGCGGCCGGCGCUAAUGCCGGCCGCGACCUGAAUAGGACUUUCACCCCGAUUUCCUGCUCGGAAUUCCCUACAGGCAUAGAUGCCGUCACCCCGGAGGCCUCGGGAGAAGCAUGCGGCAGGUCUCUGGCUGGUGGUGGUUUCCACCAGGUGCCUCAGGUACAGGCUGCUGAUGGCUUCUUUCUUCAUGUGGCCAGAGCCGGUGACGACGUGGAGGGAAGGUCCAGUGUCAGUUGUUCAAGAAGCCCCAACUCCCACGAUUCAGACACUUGGACUAUACUGAGGCAAGAUUCUGAUUCUGAUGUUGUAGAUUUAGAGGACGUGGAGCAGGAUUUAAGUGGUGAGGACCCUCCUAUGGUUACCACUAAAUAUGUUGGUGAGGAAGAAUCGGCAAAGCUGCAGGAGGAUAUGAAAGUAAAGGAACACGAAGACAAGGACGAUGCCAGCGGCCGCUCCAGUCCCUGCCUGAGCACGAUUUCUCAAAUCAGCAGCGUCUCAAUGGCCAGCGGGAGUGUUAAGAUGACGAGCUUUGCAGAAAGGAAACUCCAGAGGCUGAACAGCUAUGAAACCAAGUCUAGCACAAGCAGCUCUCAGAAGACCACACCUGACGCGUCAGAAAGCUGCCCAGCACCCCUGACGACAUGGAAACAAAAGAGAGAACAGAGUCCCAGCAGGCAGAACAGAGAUCACGCCAGCCUGCUGGCUUCCGAGCUGGUGCAGCUUCACAUGCAGCUGGAGGAGAAGCGCAGAGCCAUAGAGGCCCAGAAGAAGAAGAUGGAGGCCUUGUCCGCCAGGCAGCGGCUGAAGUUGGGGAAGGCAGCCUUCCUGCACGUUGUCCGGAAGGGCAAGGCAGAUGCCCCCCAGCCACUGAAGCCAGAGCACUUUGCAAAAGAGUAUUCUCAGCACAACGGGGAAGCUUUUGAUGAUGGUGUUUCCAAGACAGAAGCAUUUCUUGUUAAAGAAGAGAGAGACGAUCUCCUCAGUGAAUCUCAGGACGUGGAAAAAGAGAACCUGGCUUUUGUUCAACACCACACACCAAAGGACCUCGCUUCUCUCCAAGACCUGGAGAAAAGUAAAAUGAUCUCCGCUGCGCUCCUGGAAGACAGCAUUGGUGAGGUCGUGGAUGUGAAGGAAUGUGACCUUUCCAUUGAGAAGCUGAACGAGACCAUCAGCACGCUGCAGCAAGCAAUCCUGAAGAUCUCCCAGCAGCACGAGCAGCUCCUCAUGAAGUCCCCAACAGUGCCAACGCCAGGGCCUCGGAACAACUCACAAGACCACAGAGGGAAGGCGCCCGUCCACUUUGUGGAGCCGCUUUCUCCGACUGGAAUGACUGAUCACCGCAAAGCCCCACGGCUCGGCCAGGGCCGGAGUUCCCGUUCAGGAAGACCAGCCGAGCUGAAGGUUCCCAAAGACAGACAGCCGGGGUCGUCCCGGAGCAAAACGCCGACCCCGAGCAUGGAGGCCCCCCCACCCACGAGGACGCUCCCUCCCGCCCACUCUCCCAGGACACCCUCAGACCCAGGCUCGGGAAGCACUGCCGACCCCGGGAAGGACCCCCAUGGCCAGUUUCUCUUUGACAGUUUUAGGCUCCAUGAUGAAAGCAACCAACGGGCAUGUGUCUUGUCCUCAUCCAAAGACGCAAACAUCGUGUCGGAGCAUGUGGGCUUCAGGGAGCUUCUGGAUAGCAGUGCGAAGGAGGCGGGGGUCAGCAGUGCGGGCACGUCGGGGAAGGAGAGCGUUCCCGGGGAGGAGCCCCUGCGGAGCAAGGCCAGCCUCAUCGAAGUGGACCUCUCAGACCUGAGAGCCCCCAAGGAGGACGGGGAGGCAGACAGCCACGACAGCUCGGCAGACCUGGUCGGCGAGUGCGACCAGAAGCCGGGCGUCGGGUUCUUCUUCAAGGAUGAGCAGAAAGCAGAAGAUGAACUUGCCAAGAAGAGGGCAGCCUUCCUUUUGAAACAGCAGCGCAAAGCUGAAGAGGCUCGUGUACGCAAACAGCAGCUUGAAGCAGAAGUCGAGCUCAAGAGAGAUGAAGCCCGGCGUAAAGCUGAAGAGGAUCGGAUCCGAAAAGAGGAAGAGAAGGCGCGACGGGAACUUAUUAAGCAGGAAUACCUGCGGAGGAAACAGCAACAGAUUCUAGAAGAGCAAGGGCUUGGCAAACCCAAAUCAAAGCCGAAAAAGCCGCGGCCCAAGUCGGUCCACCGGGAGGAGUCCUGCAGCGAUUCGGGGACCAAGGGCUCCUCCACCCCUGAUAAUCUGAGCCGGGCCCAGUCUGGCUCCAGCCUGUCCUUGGCAUCAGCGGCGACCACGGAGCCGGAGAGUGUGCACUCGGGGAGCACGCCUUCCCAGCGAGUCGAGUCCCUGGAGGCCCUGUCCGCCCUGAGCCGGAACCCGAGUAGGAGCACAGACCGCGACUGGGAGACGGCGUCCGCGGCAUCCUCGCUCGCCUCCGUGGCCGAGUACACAGGUCCCAAGCUCUUCAAGGAGCCCAGCAGCAAAUCGAACAAGCCGAUCAUCCACAACGCCAUAUCCCACUGCUGCCUGGCGGGAAAGGUGAACGAGCCACACAAGAAUUCCAUAUUAGAGGAGCUGGAGAAGUGCGACGCCAACCACUACAUCAUCCUGUUCCGCGACGCUGGCUGCCAGUUCAGGGCCCUGUACUGCUACUACCCCGACACCGAGGAGAUCUGCAAGCUGACGGGCACGGGGCCCAAGAGCGUCACCAGGAAGAUGAUCGACAAGCUGUACAAGUACAGCUCGGACCGCAAGCAGUUCAGCCUGAUCCCGGCCAAAACCAUGUCGGUCAGCGUGGACGCCCUCACCAUCCACAACCACCUGUGGCAGCCCAGGCGGCCGGCCGUGCCAAAGAAGGCGCAGACGCGCAAGUGACGCUGGUGGGGAGCGGCGGCCGGGGGGGCCCAGGCUGGCAUUCACUGUUUUCACCUAUUGGGGUACGAAGUGUGCAAAAUCACAAACCUUUUCCGAGGCCUCCAGACGACAGAACACCUGAUCCUUGGCUCCCAGCCCCCGCGGUGGGUGGUGGUGAAGGGGGCAGGAGUAAGUCUUGCCAGGGUUUCGGCCCCGCAGCUCGGUGGCUGCGUCACGGCGGGGGCUGUGCCCGAAGCGCGGCCCAGGUGGCCGAGCUCUUCACUUGAAGUUCCCCUUCAGGACGCGCGGAGCCCGACUUGAUCUGCUUUUGUCGCCUCUCACCUCAGCCCUUUUGCACAUCACCUGGCACUCCUCACGUUGGUGAGCUCUGGCCUCCAGUGAGGUGGUUGGACGGGGACGCGUGUGUCUCUAGAGAAGGAGUCCACGCUGGGGAAUCUUCAUCCCAGAAAUCGUAUGAUAUUUAUUGAUUGUCUACUGCCAACAUUUAUAUCCAGCUCUAGGAUUUCUGGAAAAAUUCUAGUUCCUUGCUGCUCAGAAAAUGUUUACUGAAAAUACCAGUUCACUAGAAGCACUGAAGUCUGCAAAGUCUGUCUUCUGCUAAAAUAACGUUUACAAACACCGAGGUGAUUCUUUCUGAAACGCAAUCAUGAGGUUGGUAAGAAGGCACUAUUCGCUGGUUUUUGCCUAAUUUACAGUAGGCAGGUUGAACAAACCAUAGCCAUCGUUAAGUUUCGGACAGUGCGCUGGUGAUUUGUUACCUUUAAUAAGGACAGAUUUUGGUAAAGUAGAAUAUUUUUCACUCUGAGCAUGUUCCUUUUCAAAGAUGAUGCACUUACAGUGACAGUUUGCGUAGUGUUUUUAUUAUGCCAUGACUCGUAGCCCUGCCUCCUCUGUCCUGUCCUGAUUCUCGAUUCUGGAAGAGAAGCGUGCUCUUGGCAGGAGCAUGCCGUCUCAUUUUAGAUGGAUAAUUUUGUUUUGUUGCGUAUUUAAAAACAAUUAAAGUGGUUAUUUGCAGUUAUUUCGGAACUCCAAGUACAUGGACUGGCUUUGGGUCCUUUUCCUGUUAGUCCUAACGAUCGGGAUGCUUUUCUGGGUCAGACACUACCCGGGGCCUUCUGCCUCCCAGUGCGGCCUCAGCACCCUCGGCACCUCCUGCCCAGGCCGCGGGCGGCACCUGGGCUCUGCCGGAGCCUCGGUCACACGACCAGCUGCCCUGGCGUGGCCCGACGGCCAGAAGGUUCUGGAGUCACUUAUAUUAGUUUUGCACAUAUUUUCUUAGAAGUGUUACUUGAAUCUGUCUGAACUUCUGAAGAAACUAAAGAUCAAUAGAGAGAAAAGUUGGGGACAAGUCUGUUACAUAAUUUUAUAUAGAUAAAGGUAAGUGAGUUGUGUACAUAACAAAGUACAGUACAAAAUGUGACCAUGGGUUGUAGGUCUUACUUCAGUUUCCUCAGUCCCUUCACGAGAAAACAUAGCCUGUGGCUUUUUUGCGUACACUGUGCCAGACACAGCUGCCCCCGCGCUGUGAGCACCCGAUCAGAGGCCGUGUGGUUUCCGAGAGCUGGGCGUCAGUCUCUCAGGAGUGAGCUUUUCCGUCACCACGCUUUUCCCGUGUGCUUUAUUUCUCUCUAUGUUUGAUGUUAUGUGACCAUAUUUAUUUUAAGAGAGCACUAAAAUGUAAUAAAAUGAUCGACUGAUUUCCUUUA